AUGGCAAGCCGCGGCGAGUUGCUGUAUCCUGAGGACGAUCGAGAAUUCUUAGAACCUUAUCUCCCUGCGGUUGACCGUGGAUCAACAGAUUCAGCCGUGCCUUUUGUUACACUCACCUUUGCAACAUCACUGGACUCGGCACUAUCUCUGGCUCCUGGUGUUCAGACAGCAUUGUCAGGUCCGCAGUCGAAAGCCAUGACUCACUACCUCCGCUGCAGACACGAUGCUAUCAUGGUCGGUGUAGGCACUGCAAUUGCAGAUAAUCCUAGCUUGAACUGCAGAAUCCAAGGAGUUGGUGGUUAUGGUGGUGAAGGCUUGACCGGUCAGCCUCGACCUGUGGUUAUCGACCCUCAAGGAAGAUGGCAGCUGACUUCUGAAACCAAGAUUCUGAAUCUUGCCAGACAAGGACGAGGUAGAGCACCGUGGAUUGUGACGGCAAAGACACCAAGUGCAGAGAAUGCCAAGUUGCUGGAAGAAGUUGGAGGAUGUUACAUUGUUCUCAGGUCACAAGCACAAACGUCUGAAAGCAAGACAUCGAUUGCUUGGCUGGAUAUACUGCAAACAAUCAAGGAAAGAGGUAUCGAGAGUAUCAUGAUUGAGGGAGGUGGGGUUAUCAUCAACUCGUUGCUGUCGACAGAGAAUGCAGACUUGAUCAACUCGGUCAUUGUGACCAUCGCACCUACCUGGCUCGGUCAAGGCGGUGUUGUCGUGUCCCCACCCAGAUCAGAAAGCAGCAGUUUGCCAGUCGCUCGCCUUCAAAGAACAAAAUGGCAGCAACUUGGCGAUGAUGUGGUUCUUUGUGGAACUUUGAAGGUGUAA